UUCUGCAUUUGGAGGUUUGUUUUAUUUUUAACGCAGUACAGAUCUGUUACUUUGUGUAUUCAUUUUUCAUUUUAAAAGUCUGUAGCUUACUCUAAGGCCUAGCUGGUAAGUGCAGAGGCAAGUAACUGGAUUCAGAGGAAAUGGCAGAAGAAGUAUGGAAAUCUACAAUCUAGGCCAGGAGCGGCUGUGUGACCAUGGGCAGGUCUUUCAGCUUCUCUGACCUGGUUCUUCACCAGAAAUGAGGGGCGUUGAGUAAUAUAUAAAGUAAGGCCUCAGGUUUUUUUUUUUUUUUUUCCUCUAGUCGAGCUAUGAGCCAUAAAGUAAAAAAGUUGAAAAUGGUGAGCAAUGUCUAUCAUCAUCUGUGUCCUAUUUGAGUGUUUGGAUGUACCUUUUUGUUUGUUUGUUUUAACCAAUUCCAGUGACCAUAAGGACUGUGGUUCCUAAAACUCUCCAAUCAUUUUAAAGGCUGCAACCCUGGGUGGUCACAGCUCCUUGACAGUCUGGACACACCCGGGGAGUGGGAGAUAAAAACAACUUGCCCUGUCUUGCUCCUCUUAGAGGUGGGUCAUUGCAGUGUUACCUGAGACAAAAACAGAAUAACAAGUGGCUUGGAAGGAAAAAUUAAGCCCCGCGGCUGCUCUUUACAGACCACCCAGCUGUGUAAAACUUUGAAAGGUCCAGGUCAGGGCUAGAGGUGACUGAAACCAGGGCCUACAGGUAUAGGUGCCAGGGCUGGGUGUUUAAAGAUUCUGAAAUAGAGAUUUAAGAUGCAGGAAUUGCCAGAUGAUCCUCCUAGUAAGCCUUUCUCUGGCCUUUUAUUGGGGUAAAUAUCUUGUUUUGUCUUGAUUUUAGAGUAGAAAUGAGAGUCAGCAUUGGGACACUGUGGUGUGGAUAUGGUUGGAAGGUGACCUGUGAGAGUUCAUGAGAUUGGCAUCCUUUUGCCUGGAGUCAGAAGGCCAUGAUGAUGUGUUUGUGAUUUUUCAGUGUUUGAAGUGUCAUAAUAGAGAAGUAUGACCAGCAGAUAUCUGUAUGUACUCAAGGUAGAGCAGGAACAAAGAAGUUUUAUGUUUAUUAUUGAGAAGAACUGCUGCUUGGGAGGUUACGGAUUCCCGUAAAAACUGAUCCUUUUUCACUAGAGGUCAAAGGUGAUUUUUAAAAUUACUUUAAAAUAAGUUCAAGCUUGCAACAGAAAAGUUGCAAGUAUUGAAUAAAGACCUCUAAUAUUCCCCUCACCCAAUUCCUCAACUCUUAACAUUUUUUUACAUCUUCUUUUUUCCCUUUCAGUCUAUCUGCCUGUCUAUAAAAGCACUCAACUUUCCUGAACCAUCUGAGAACUUCAGAUACGAUGCCCCGUCACUCCCAGAAACUCCAUGAAAAGAAGAGACUGGACCUGGAAAGGAAACUCUAUGAAUAUAAUCAAUCUGACAUAUGCAGAGUUAAGCUGAAGUAUGUAAAACUAAAGAAAUACCUGAAGGAAAUAUGUGAGUCAGAAAAGAGGGCGCGUACUCGGAACCAAGAAUAUUUAAAGAGGUUUGAGCAGGUCCAAGCUCAUGCUGGGCACUUUGCCACAAAUGCAGAGAAGCUUCAAGAAUUGAAGAUUGAGUAUGAGGCUCAAAUUAAGAAGAUGCAGCUACUCUCAAAAGAUAGCCUGGGGGAAAAACAUGAACUGAAAGAUGAAGACAGAGAAAAGGUUGUAAUGCUGGCUAAAAUUAACAGCCAGACAGCCGUGUCAAGAGGAUUGUAUCAGCCAGCAACAACCUUUAUGGGCCGUCACCUGUCAGCUGUCUCAAGCAUGGGAGAUUUCAGUACGGAGCAGAAACCCCCCCAGCCCACAAAGAACUUUUCAAUCCCUGACCCACGUUCACACCGGCAGACAGCCCAGAGCAGAAAUGUGACAGGCAGCUGUGUAGUACAAACUAAUAGUGACACGCGGUGCUUAAGUAAGUCUGACAAAACAGAUGGAAAGACAUGUCUUCAGAUGGGUGAGAAAACGCCAGUCACAGCUGGUGCGUGGUCCGAGGAGGAACAGACUCAUUGCUUGGAGACGGAAGGCAGCACACGUCAGGGCAGAAGUAAUUUAUCUGAGGGCCAGAAGUCUGCUGAACUCCAUUCCCCGUCAUGGAGAAGAUUAAGUCCAGAGAACAGAGCCAGUGACUUAAAGGGUGACAGUUCCAGCAGAUCCGAGGGAUCCGAGGGAGCAAUUCUGACAUGGGAACAUAAUGAAGUAGAGGAAGACAGAGCCGGAGUGCCAGUCCCUCCGGCAUCAGCCUCAGAAUACGGCACAUCCGAAAACAAGUGUCCUCCAGAGAGGCCGUCUGCCCGGGCAGCUUCCUCAGAUCAUCUUCCUUGUGGGGACCCAGAGUCACAGAAGCCUUUCAGGAAAAUGCAGGAAGAGGAGGCAGAGGAAAGUUCGAUCAGCAGUAGUGACCUCACAGUGUCUGUAAGUGAAGAUGAUCUGAUUUUAAAGAGCCCAGAACCACAGCCAAAUCCAGGUGACAACGUGGAGGGAGAAGACGGAACCGAGGCCUUAAAUUUAAUCCUCACUGGGCAAGAAGGAGAUGCCCCACUCACAGGGAAACAUCAUUGUAUUUUGCAAACCCUGAGCUCUCCUGAUUCAAAAAAGGAAUCUUCCGCUAACUCACCAACAAGAGAGUUUGAACGAGUACCAGCCUCAGGCUUGCCGAGGGCAGGACUGGGUCAGCAUGCUGCCACCUUGAAAGGGCACGACAGUUCUCUCCAGGAAGGGGCCGCUCAGCUGUCUGAAGUUUUCCCAGUCAGAAGCAUGGACCAGAGGACAAGGGCGGCAGCGUCACUGGGAGGGGCCCUCUCAGAGGAGCAGGACGGCAGGUUGACUGUUGGCAGCAGUGAGUCAUCACGCGGGUCGCCGUCCACCAGGAGUGACAGGAGUGGAACAAAGGACGCAAAACCCGCUCUGUGGCUCAGCAGCGUUCCUACCAGGGGACAAGACAUUUCAAGUAUCUGUGGAGACGAGAGCGAGGAGGAGAGUGUGGCAGCGGGGGUGCCGGUCACAGAGACGAAAGUCUACCAGGUGUUGAAGCUGUCUACCCUUCAGGACGGCGCACGCCAAACUGAAGACAGGCUCCAGAAGGCGGAGGCCUCUGUGCCGCCACUGCCAGGUUUGAACACUGGCAGCAGGACGUUCCGGACAAAGACAGCUCGCAAAACCGCCUCAGAAGCUAGCUUUUCAUCUAGCGAAGGGAGCCCUUUGUCAAGGUAUGAAAAUAAGAGGAAACCAACUACCAAUUUAAAGUCUAAAGCCUUCUGGGGAGAGUCUGAUGACAGCAACUCAGAAAUUGAAGCUGCUUUACGUCCAAGAAACCGUAACACGCCCACUGACGAUUCUGAUGAUUUUUAUGACCUGUAAGCUGUAGCACCUGUUGGAAAUAAAGCCUGUCAACAAACUAAAACCCUGUGUUCAGAUGGGAUGUUCACAAUAAACGUGUUAUUUUGUGUUUUCUAA